AUGAGGCGAAUAUUUAAUACAAAUGAAAGUGUUCGUCUUCGACAGGAGAUUUUAUCUCAAUGUAUAUGGAGUGACACGUACAGUUCAUUGAAACAUAUUCUCAAACGAACAGCGCACCAAUUGCCAUUGCUGAUCUCAUUUCUCGAUCCACAUGCCGAACAAAAUCUUGACGAACAACAAGCAACGAAAGAUAAUUAUCGAACGAUCUUCUUCUUCGAUCGAAAUGUCUCAAAUAAACUUCUAUUAACUCCAUUGAGACAGUCCGAACAUCAACCAGAUCAGUUCGAUAUCUAUCCUGAAUAUUGUACAUUUGCUAUAACAGAUUUAUUCAAGGGUUUGUUCGAAUUCAUACGAAAUGGCCAACGGACGGCGAAAGUUUUUAUCAACCUUGAACAAUUGAUCGCAUUCAUAACAAUCAACGUACAGUCGUCAAUCGUUUUCAUCUCGCGUGAUCGUGUCGUAGGUUACUUUCAAGAUUCACCUCAAUGGUCAAGUAAAGAAUAUCCUCAAGGAUCUAUUUUCCGAGCUGAACGUGUUCAUCGUUCAUCUGUUCUGACUGGUGAUGGUCAUCGCAUUCCCAAUGAUUAUCUGGAAUGCCGCGACGAAGACGGUUAUACCGUUUUCUUAAAAACCGAUCAAAACGGUCGUUUUUCUCUCAUAUCAACUUCCAGCGAACAGCAACAGUCACAAUCGGAAAUGUACGUUCAUUCAACUCAAACGCCAAAUAUUGGCCAAUUGAUUAAGCAUAUCACGGGUCACAAUGAUAAUGGAAAUCAUAACAAUUGUAUUCGACUUGUUCGUGGUUCCGUUCCGCAGAAUUUUCUUUGUCAAUAUUUUCAACUCGUCCGUCAACAUUCGCACGAUGUUUUGGUCGGUUUAACGCAAGAAGGACUGGUGAUCGAAUGGAAUCUCGAUAGUCAUGUUCCAUGCCGAUACGCUACGAAUCUCAAUGAUAUUCUCGACACUAUUGAUGGAUCUACACUUACUCAAACACUUGAAUCAUAUGUCGACCAAGCUCGAGCACAUUAUCGAGAGAACUUUCAAUUGGAUAUGCAAUUAGUAUCAACAGUAGAUUGGACAGCAUUUUUUCAGUAUUGGAAAUCCAUAGGAAAACUACGCCGAAAAUAUAAUGAUGAUAGACCUAUUCCAUAUCAAAGUCGCCAUCGAUUCCAUCUUGUUGGUUCUCUUCACGAUCUAUCAGAUCAUCCACGAACACUCGCAGCAGCAUUUCGAAAAUAUCACAAUUUGUUAUUAACAGACGAAAAUAGUAUUGUUCAGAAUAAGAAAUCUCUUUCGCGUAAACAAAGUUCUUUAUUCUCCCAAAUGACGAAAUUGAUCCCUGUGCCGUUAAAUUCGAAGAGACAACACUCAGAUCGCUCAUCCCAUCGAAAUCCUCUUGCGAAUGCGCUACUAUUUUCAACAGGUGAACAACCGUUCGAUGAAAGUAUUUACGAUUCCAAUCAUAUUCUUCCAACAUCAUCAAAAGAUCAUCUGAUUCAGCCAAACCGACGAAAAACCAAACGUAUAUAA